CAUUAUCUUCGGUCGAGGCAAGACGUCUUUUGUGUACGUAUAUAGGUAGAUACCUACAUAUAAAUAUACAUAAUAAUAUGUAAAAAUAACUUUAUCAUCUACCUAUCUUGUAACUACGUAAAUUAAGGACAAAAAAGAAAUUGAAUUUGAAAAUAAAUAAAACAAAAAUAAUCGCGCAUUGUUUUAUUAUCAUAUCAGUGAGUUGUGAACGCUAAUGUUUAUUGUUUAUUUUAUUCGUGAGAAUACUUUUUUUUUUGAUAACUAGUUAUAGUUGAAAACAGAUAUCGAACCAAAAAAGAUUGUGAAAAUAUAAAAAGAUGAUCAAAAACAAAUUAUAUCAGUAUGGAAAUCAAAAUGGGCGAGUUCCCGCUCACCUGAAUUUCGGGAAAGAAGUCUACGACAAUAUGGUUGGCAAUAAAGAUAUUGUCGCUAUGAUUAACGCUGACACAUCGGAGCAAAUGACGUAUGGAGAAAUGGCACAAUCAAUAGCUGAUAUCGCUCUCUCACUCUCUCGUAUGGGAAUUGGAAAGGGAGAUGUAGUGUGCAUAUGCAGCGAGAAAAAUUUCGAAUUCUUACCUACUGUGUUGGGUAUUAUGUGUUCGGGAGCUGUGUUCUCUCCUACUGACCCUACUUAUGGAAGUCAUCCUCUAGCCCAUCGAGUCAAGAUAGUGCGUCCAAGAGUCGUAUUCUGUUCCCAAACCGCCUUCAUACAGCACAAACCGGUCUUUGACGAAGUUGGGAGCGUAGAACACUACAUCUUGUACGGAGACCAGGCUCAGGAUGGUGCGAUACUCUUCAAGGACUUCCUGACUGAGACCGUGGCUUUAGAAGACUUCGAGCCGGUCACCGUAAAUGGGUGGGAGGAUACUGCCUUUAUCGUCUACUCCUCUGGAACCACUGGUCUUCCGAAAGGUGUACCUGUUACUCACAUAGGAUUCCUGCUGAAUGCACAGAAUAUGACGACUCAAGAUUACAAAUCAAUGGUUGUAUAUACAUCUCGGGAGUUCUAUUAUACAUAUGGAUUGAUGUACGCCCUCGCCUGCUUGAGGUCUAGCGCCACUCUUGUUUACAACGUCAAUGGAGGAGAAGUCCAGAUGCUGGAAGCAGUGCAAAAGUAUAAGGCCAGGGUACUCCAGUUGGCUCCUAUGAUCAUAACGGAACUGAUCAAGUCGGCUAACCUGGAUAGAUAUGAUCACAGUUCCGUCAAUUACAUUGUAUCUUCAAGCACUUACAUCCGAGAAGACGCAGUUCUGGCCGUCAAGAAACGUAUACCAAGUCUGGUGUCAGUUCUCCAGCUGUACGGCAUGUCUGAAGGUGGAAGUAUCUGCAACGAGCUGGCCUGCACCAAGGGCUACAAAGCAGGCAGUUCUGGAUUACCUGGCCUGGGUUUUAUAAUGAAGGUGGUAGAUCUGGAGACGCGACAGCCUUUGGGUCCAAACCUUCGAGGGGAGAUCUGCAUCAAAGGUCCCAGCGUCAUAAAAGCCUACCUGGGCAACGUCCAGCCAGACUGCAAGGAUGAGGAAGGGUUCCUGAAGACUGGAGACGUUGGUUACUAUGAUGAGGACGGAUACUUCUUCGUGGUCAACAGAAUCAAGGAACUGAUCAAGUUUAAUGAUAUUUCUGUAGCACCGGCCGAAUUCGAAGAUAUAUUACUCCAGCAUCCCGCUGUUCGUGAGGUGGGUGUGGUGGGGAAACCUCACCCCGUGCAUGGAGAGCUCCCCGUAGCCUUCAUAGUCCUGCAGUCAGGAGCUACAGCUUCUGAAGCGGAGCUGGUGGAACAUAUCAACAGCCGGGUAACUUACAAAAUGCGUUUAGCUGGUGGAGUCCGUUUCAUAGACCGUCUUCCUCGAGGAGCUGGAGAUAAGCUAGACCGGAUAAAUCUGACGCAAAGACUAGUAGACGAAGACGCGAACUGACAGAAGACUGCGACGGUCUUCUGAAAAGCACACUCUAAUUUUAAUUAUAAAUAGAAUGUAAUCUUUGUAUAAUAUUUUAUAUGGUUUAUUCGUUUUUUUUGUUGAAUUACUCGACUAAUUUCAAGUCAGAUGGGGGUUCGUUAGUUAUGAACAGUAUUACGUUGAAAAUGACACGUCAACAGAGUUGCAGGCAAUACAGACUAUACUCCCCUAGAAUAGCUUGAAAGUAGUUGAAUUAUUUCGUUCAACAAUUGGAAACAUUGGGACAUUACCAACACUUUUUUAUGAGAUAGUUCGGUAAACGGGUAGACGGAUUACCUGAUGGUAAGCAAUUGUCGCCUUCCAAAGGACAUUAGUAAUAAGUGCCAAAAGAGUUUUUUUUAUGUAAUAGGUCGGCACACGAGCAGACAGAUUACCUGAUGGUAAGCAAUCAGCGCCAUCCAUGGACACCCG